CAUUGGACUGCGAGGAGCAAGAGCAACGUCGUUAAUGUCAUGUUCAUCAUCUCCGUCACCUUCACUGCUCUGGUUUAAUCCUCCGGAAACAGAGGAAUCGAAUCUCAACCGAAAUUUUCUGCACCUAAAAUCUCUCUCUCUCAUGGCUGCUAUAGUCAUUCUCUGCAGCGUCCCUUUUACCUUCCUCUUCACCUAACCUCAACUGAGAUGGGGACCCGGUCCACAGUACCAGCUUUACUUCAGUUCAGUACUCUCUGUAGAUGAAGCGCCCGUGACUUCCAGUUCCAAGGGGUUCUCAAUCUCAGGCAGCAAUGGAGUUCCAAGAAGCCGUCAAGAUUAUGCGGCCGGCGGAUCGUGAGGGCGGCUCUCCCAGGUUCCGGUGGAAGUUCUCGUUCCAUCGGCCAUCCAAAUCGUCGUCCUCGUCUACUCUGUCCCUGCCUUCCUCUGCCUCUGCCUCUGCCUCUGCCUCUGCCUCCUCGUCGCCCAGACCUUCUGUUUCCUUGAGACAAAAGCAGAGCGAUUUCCCCGCCGAGUUCGUCUGCCUGGUCUCCGGGUCUGUCAUGGUGGACCCCGUCAUUGUCCCCUCUGGCCACUCCUUCGAGCGCGCCGCGGUCGAGGCCUGCAAGUCGACGGGCUAUGUCCCCACCCUGAAUGACGGUUCCAAGCCUGAUUUCUCAGCCGUCAUCCCCAACCUCGCCCUGAAGUCCGCCAUCCUCAGCCACUGCAAGACCCGUUCGAUUCCCCCCCCUGAGCCCCUCGAUGUCUCCUCCGCCGAGAAGAUCGUCCGCGAGCUAGCCGCGGCGGCGAAAACAGAUACAUGUGAGUCGUGCGACCCCGAUAGCGCGAGCCAGGAACAAAGCACUCCCACGGUUAUUAAGACGGAGUAUUCGCCGGAUUCGGCAGCUCAGUCCUACUCAAGCUCCGAUGAAUCGGCUGGGACCGCCACCAGCAGCAGCAGUAGCAGUAGCAGCGCCGCCACAGCCACCACUGCUGCAACCGGGUCCACCCCGCCACCCCAGUUACUGACCCGGCCGAGCUGCUGCUCCUCUUUUGGCUCGUCCUCCGAAAUCGACGUCACAGACCCCAGCGAAGAAGAAUAUCUCAUCACUAAGCUCAAAAGCCCGCAAAUUUUCGAGGUCGAAGAGGCUGUGAUUUGCCUGCGAAGGAUCACACGGUCGAGGAAAGACUGUAGGGCCUCUCUGUGCACUCAUCGUCUGCUCCUAGCCGUCCGAUCACUGAUCGUCUCGAAGUACAGCAACAUUCAGGUGAACGCGGUCGCGGCGUUGGUCAACCUGUCCCUCGAAAAGGUCAACAAGGUCAAGAUCAUGCGUUCGGGGAUCCUCCCAAAUCUAGUAGAGGUGCUGAAGUCGGGAUCCCCCGAGGGACAGGAGCAUGCCGCUGGGGCGGUUUUCAGCUUGGCCCUUGAUGAUCACAAUAAGAUCGCGAUCGGGGUGCUGGGGGCCCUCCCUCCGCUCGUGGACAUGCUCCGGUCGGCGACCGAGCAGGCCCAGAACGACUCGGCCCUGGCAUUGUACCACCUGACCCUCAUGCAGACCAACUGCAUUAAACUCAUUAGGAUGGGGUCGGUUCAGGUCCUUCUGGGCAUGCUGAGGUCUGGCCAACUGAUGGACCGGGUACUCCUCAUAGUUUGUAACGUAGGUGCGUACCCAAACGGGCGGUCCACAUUAUUGGAUUCGGGUGCAAUUGAGUGCCUGCUGGGGCUGCUCGACCGGGGCGAGCUGAAUUCAGCAUCAGCUCGGGACAACUGUCUGAAUGCACUACUCGCACUGAGCAAAGUGGGCCUGCGGUUCAAGGGGCUAGCCAAGGCGGCCGGGGCAAUGGAGAUCCUAAAGAAAAUGGAGAUUGAGGGUUCGAGAAAUAAGGCGAGCGUAUUGCUGGAUAUUAUCUUGGAAAGAAGCUUCAAGGAGCACGAGGACGAGGAGGUCGACUGGGAGAAACUACUCGAGUCGAGCCCGCCGAGUCCGAGGCUCGCCAGCCCAGUCGGUUGAGCUGGGCCCGAGCCCCUUCCAGGUUCUGAGUUAAUAAUUUUGAUUUGGAAAUAUUUGAUUCUUUUUUAGUGGGAGUUUGCUUUCCUGUAAUUAUGCGGUGACAAAACAAUUUCAUGUGGUGGGUUUGUGUAAGGGGUUUUUGGGCUUUAUCUUUUUGGAACAUCUUUUCAUCCUUCUUUUUGAAAAGAGAAAACGGAAAAAAAGAAAGUGUAAAUUUGAGAGAUUUCUUUCGUUCUCAGGAUAAUUGAUUCUUAAAGGAGAAUUUAGUUGGAAAAAUUGGAGCUUUGUUGAUCA